CCCGCCCACACACACACGUACACAAACACACACAUCUAUCCACACACACUUUCUCUCUCUCUCUCUCUCUCCCUCAGCUGGACAGAUUGGCGAAAUUGGAUAGUGGAUCCGUCUGGAGAGUUUUACUACGGCUGGUUGCAGGUCAUGAUCUUUCCCAUCUUAUACAACUGGGUUAUCAUCAUCUGCAGGGCCUGUUUCUAUGCCAUAGAGGAGAACUUCCUGGCUGCCUGGCUGACUCUGGACUACGUCUCUGACCUGUUCUACAUGGCUGAUAUGGCAGUGAGGGGGCGCACAGGUUUCCUGGACCAGGGCAUCCUGGUGCACGAGGUGUCCCGUCUGAAGACGCACUACCUGUUCUCGCGCAGCUUCCUGUUGGACCUGGUCUCCGUGCUGCCCACCGACCUGCUCUACCUGCACCUGGGCGUGCACACGCCGCUGGUGCGCCUCAACCGCCUCCUCCGCACCCGCCGCCUCUCCGAGGCCAUGGACCGCAUGGAGACGCGCACCGCCUACCCCAACACCUUCCGCAUCGCCAAGCUCAUGCUCUACAUCUUCGUGCUCAUCCACUGGAACGCCUGCUUCUACUUCGCGCUGUCCCACUACGUCGGGUUCGGCUCCGACCGCUGGGUCUACCCCAAUAUUUCGCGACCCGAGUUCGCCUCCAUGCAGCGUCAGUACUUUCACUGUUUCUGGUUCUCGGCGCAGAUCUUCACCACGGUCGGGGACACUCCGUUGCCGCGGCGCGAGGAGGAGUACCUGUUCAUGAUCGCCGACCUGCUGAUUGCCGUGCUGGUGUUCGCCAGCAUCGUGGGCAACGUGGGAAACGUGAUCACGAGUCUGCGUAGCAGGGACAAUGUGUUCUUCCCCAACCACGAGCUCGUCAAAAGCUACCUGGGCAGCAGACGCAUCAGCAAGGACCUGCGCAACCGCGUCAACGGCUGGUAUCAACAUCUGCACAUCAACAAGAAGAUCACGCGUGAGAAUGAGAUCCUGCAGCAGCUGCCAGAUUCCCUCCGCACGGACAUCGCCGUGAGUGUCCACCUGCCCACCCUAUCCAAGGUCACCAUUUUCCAGAACUGUGAGAAGAGCCUGCUGGAGGAGCUGGUACUCAAACUCACCCCACAGGUGUACAGCCCAGGUGAGUACGUGUGCAAGAAGGGGGACGUGGGUCACGAGAUGUACAUCAUUAGGGAAGGCAAGCUGGCUGUGGUGGCCGACGACGGGGUCACUCAGUACGCCGUGCUCGGGGAGAGCCAGUUCUUUGGAGAGAUCAGCAUCCUCAACCUCAAAGGGAACAAAUCUGGCAACCGGCGGACAGCAAACAUCCGCAGCAUCGGCCACUCAGACCUCUUCAGUCUGUCCAAGGAGGACCUGACGGCCACGCUCAACGAGUUCCCGGCUGCCAAGCGCCACCUAGAGGAGAAGGGACGUCAGAUCCUCACCAAGAUGGGCAUGCUGGACGAGACCGCUGGUGAUGGGAGUCAGGAAGAGCCGGUGGAGGCCAAGGUGGAGCAGCUGGAACAGAACUUGGACACCCUGCGCACUAAGCUGGCCCGGCUGAUGAUGGAGCUGGAGUCCAGCGUGCUGAAGAUGGAGACGCGGGUGGAGCAGCUGGAGCUACAGACCGAGGGCUGGGGCGGGAUAGUAGCAGAGGGAGGGGAGGAGGAGGGAGAGGGAGAAGAGGCGGAGGAGGAGGAAGAGCUUGGCGAGGAGGUGGGGAUUAGAGCGGGAGGGAGAGUGUGGAGCCCAGGAGGAGGUGACAGUCAAAGGGAGGGAGGAGAUGGGGAAAGGGAAGGAGGAGGAGGAGGAGGAGGAGGAGGGGAUGAUGGGGAGAGAGGAGAGGGAGAUGGAGGAGACGGGACAGAGGAUAAAGGAGAGAAAGAUGGAGAGAAGAAGGUGAAAGUGGUUGGUGGAGGGGAGACGGAGGUAGAGAGAGAGGAGGAGAAGGAGGUGAAGACUCAGACUGAAGAGGAGAAUUCCGAUGAAAGGAAAGAUGGAGAAGAGUGAUCAGCAAAUUAAUUCAAGGGCAGCUUGUGAAUGAUGAUGUACAUGACAGUGAUUUACCUGGCUGCGAUGGCUUUAAUCAGCUGAUGAUUUACAGUGAUUGACAUUGUUUUCUACACUACACAAUCUCAUAAAAAAGGUGAUUGGGUGAUUUGCCAGCUUUGCUGAUUUAUUCAUGUUUUUUUUUUUUUUUCUCAAUGUGUGUGACAUACUGUAUACUGAGCCUAUAAACAUUAACUUUUCAUAUAUAUGUGCACUAUAUUUGACAGAUAAUACACUAUAAAGAUCACAAGCUACCCAAAUGAAUAUAAAUGAAGUAUUCAACUUGCGCUUCUCUAAGACGCCCAGUAGAUGGAGGCAAACACUAAAUUUCACUAGCACUGUACACGGUUAUCUUUCCGUUCAUACAGAUGAGGGCUUGCUUGGACAUAUUUUACGGGACAGUGGGACAGUUUUAAAUCCACUGUAAGAGGUGCUUCAUCACUUAUGCGAUGGUUUAUGUUUGUAGGAAAACGUGAGUGAUGGGGAUCGCAGAUGGUGAAGAAUGAUUUGUCUUCGGUAGAGAUUGCAACAACUGGCGGCUACUGGGGCACAAAGACAGGCCAGAUUUCACCGGUGUUUAAUCACUCUCGUGGCGCGGCUAUGUCACCGAUAACCUAUUAAGUCCCAUUAUGUCCUCUCUCUGGUGGAACAUGUUCAGUGCACUGAUGUGUGUGUUGUUUUAUGGGGUGAAUAUGAUGACACAGGCUUUAGUGUGAGAUUUGGGGUGGCUUCAGAAUGUUAUGCGAUAGCCUACGCCUAGAGCUCGGAGUUGUAGCCUAUUUAAUGCUUUGGCGCUUGCUUUGAGCUCUGUUUCACAUUUUUCUCUUCUUAAGAGUUGUUGGUUUAUAGUCCUUCAAUGUUUUUUGAGGACAGUUUUUUUCAGAGAGGGCCAAAUUCCUCAAAGUCUAGAGGCUACGACAAAAACAGUGAGAAAAAAAAAUAAGUUUAACUUCACACAUCUUGAGUAAAAUAUGUAAUUUCAUGUCAUUAUUUCAUUUCAUGUA